AUGGCGCCGUCAGAAAGCCAGAGCGCUUGGGAUGCUCAAUCAAAAGACGCAAAGCGUAUUUUAGCAGAAGACAAGUAUGAUGAUUGCCUCUCUUGCCGAAUAACAGGAACAAACAAUCAUGUGGAGCGCGACAAAAUACAAGAUGGGAUCUCGGAGAUUGGGCAUUGCAACUAUAUCUGCAACAUUAGUAGGCAUGGGAAUAUGGAGGGCUUUGAAUUAAUCACUGGCAGCAAAGCAUUGGGUAUUGUGCGAGCUCAAAAUGAGAACAAAGGAUUCCUUGGUGCGCAUGCAGACCAAAAUUCAAAAUAUAUACGAUUGAAGGUCCACAACAACUGCCUUCACUGGGUUGAAAUGCAUGAAACAAACAAAAGCACGAAAAAGUUUUUGGAAAGUGUGAUGAUGUGA